AUGCUGGGCCUCGACCUCUCCGCGGAACGCGCUGGACGGGCGGCCAGGGCCCAAGUCUCGGGAGCUGACGAGCUGGGCAACUCUGCGGCGGCCUCGGGGCACGAAAGGGCCCUUUGCGUCCUCUUCCAAGGCCUCCCGACGGGUUGUGCCCCGUGGCCGCUCCCUCAGCCCUUUAAGCUCCUAGGAAUUUUAGAUGUUGAAAACAUUCCCUGUGCACGGGAUUCGAUAUUAUAUGGUUCAUUUGGAUCUGUUGUGGCUGGACUUGGACAUUUUUUGUUAACUAGUAGAAUUAGAAGAUCAUGUGAUGUUGCAGUGGGAGGAUUUAUCUUGGUGACUUUAGGAUGCUGGUUUCCCUGUAGGUAUAAUCAUGCAAAGCAAAGAAUCCAGGAAAGAAUUGCCAGAGAAGGAAUUAAAAACCAGAUUUUAUAUGAAAGCACCCACCUUGAUCCUCAAAGAAAACAAAUCAGCAGCAGCAGCAGCAGCAACUGAACAACUCUGAGCAUAAAAAUUCAAAACAUCUCCCUCAAGUCAGUGUGAGCAUUGGGACCAGCCACAUAUUAUGUACAAUAAAACUCAAAUAAAUUAUGUGUAAAUUGCA